AAAAUAGUACUAAACUGUUUCUAAUGUCUUGCUUCUAAAUAUGAGAAUUCGUCACUUUCCUUUUUUCAUGAUCUCCUUCCCCUCUAUUCCCAGUUUCCGUCCAAAAGAAUGAUGUUUAUGGUGGAGGAGUAAUACAAAUAUUUCUGAGAGACUGUUGACGUUUAAUUAAUAACCAGUAAUUAUGUUUAACAACUUUCGUGGUAUUCUCAAUAGGAGAGGUGAUCAAGCCAAAAUUUCUGAGGGACCAGGAUCUAGGACUUCAUCUGAAAAUAAUAUUGAAACUCCACCUGGUUCUGCUGAGGGAUUUUUGUGCCCGACAUGUAUGUUAGGCUUUCCUUCUCCUGAAGCUCUUCAGAAUCAUUAUGAAAGCAGUCAUAUUGAAAAUGAAAUUGUUGGGGAAGGAAGAGCUUUCAAUUGCCCAGUGUGUAAAAUGAAACUUCCAAGUGAAAUUGAGUUGAAUGCACAUUUCACACGACAUCAUGCUAAUCAAAAAGAUGCGACAGAACUUGAAGCUAUGGCCAUGCAAGUAAAAGCAUUAGAAGAAGCCAAAGCAUUAUUGCAAGGUAAAUUGCAAGCAAUAUCUCAACAGUCUGCUGAGUUAUCUAAAGAAAAUGCUAAUCUCAGAGAAGAAAGAGAUAGCUUCAAGCUGAAAGCUACAAAAUUAACAGAUAAUUUAGCAGAUCUGAAACUACAAUAUGAUGAGCUUAAAGCAAUUAAAAUGUCUUUGGAGUCUGCUCAAAAAUCAAAAGAGGAUCGAAUUAGAAAACUGGAGGUAGAAAUUAAUCAGAGGCCAGAAGCUGAUGAUGUGACUCUCCUGCAGAAAGAAUUGGUAUCAGUUCAAAAAAUGAUGAAUGAAUUAACUUUACAGAGAGAAAAUGAGAAAGAUACUUUACAAAAGCAGUGUAAUUCAGUACAAGAAAUGUGCUUAAAAUUACAAGAUGAAAAAAUGGAACUACAAAAAAUAUUGAAGACAUAUCCUUCAAAAGAAGAAAUUCAAAGUCUCAAAGAAAAAGUUUCUACAAUGACAAAAGCUACAUCUGAGUUACAAAAGGAACUUGAUAAAAAAGAAAGUGAGAAAAGGAAACUGCAGUCUGAUUUAGAAAAGUAUGCAAAUUAUCAAGAAAUCAAAUUGAUGCUGUCAGAAAAAAGUAAUGCCUUAGAGGAAAUUCAAAGGCUCUCUGAAGAAAAAGAUGCUCUGAUAGCAAAGCUGAAGCAAGAAUUGGAAACAAAUAAAAUCAAUAUGGAAGAGAUGAAAGUAGAUAGGGAGAAACUUUUUUCAAAGAUUGAAGAAGGAGAAGGUGCUAGUGCUGCUAUGUUGCAGUUGCGUGAAGAAAAUACUCGUCUUAAAGAUCAGAUUUUGAUGCUGCAACAAAUGCAAGGUCAGUCAGCAAAUGAAACUGAAACUAAAAUGGAGGACCUGCGGACAUCAUUAAAAAAAACUAAUUCAGCUUUAGAAAUUUCGACUGAAAAAUGUGUAGACCUUGAAAGAAGUUUAGCUCAAUUGCAGAAUGAGCUUCAAGAAGAACAAAACAAGAAAAAUGCUUUAAUAGAAGAACUCAAUAAAGAGAUUGCUUCUUUACAAAAUAAGAUUUCUACAGAUUUGUCUCAUAUUAAUGAUUUAAAACAAGAAAUUGAAAAUGAGAAAAAAUUACUGGAAGAUAAAAAUCAACAAAUAGAAAAUUUGAGAACUCAAUUGACUGAGCAAAAGCAAUCCCAUGAAAAAAAUAUGGACUAUCUUACUAUUGAAAAGCAAAAUCUAGAAAAAAGGUUGGCUGAACUUGGCAAAACUUUGCCUCAAGUACAAGCUGAUCUUCUAGCAAAAGAAAAUAAACUUGCAGAAACUGACAAAAAGUUAGUUCAAGCUGAAGAAAAUUUGCAUAUUUUACAACAACAGAAGAAUGAUAAAGAAACAGAAUUCAGCCAAAUGAAGCAACUUUAUGAGGACACAAAAACUAAAUUGGAAGAAUUGGAAAAAACUGUAGGAGAUUUUGAAGCAACGAAAGUUGAAUUUUGUGAUAAAAUAUCAUCUUUAAAUGAAGAUUUAUUAAAAAAUCAAAUGAAAGAAUCUAAUCUUAUUGCAACUAUUGACAAAAUGCGCAAAGAUCAGUCUCACUUGCUUGAAAAGUGUUCAUCCCUUGAGGAAGAAAAUAAGGGUCUGCGGUCUUCCAUUACUACUCUGCAAAAUGAAAAGAAUUCCUUGUUGAGUGAAAUAGAAGAACUGAAAAAAGCACUUGCUGAUCUGAAUGAAAUUUGUAGUUCUCACGAGAAGAAAAUUGUAGAGCUGACAGAAGCAAGCCAGAGAGCAAAAGCACAUGCUGAUAAAGUUUCAAAAGAUGCCAGUUUAGAGAAAGAAAUAUACUUAAAAGAUAAAGUAAAGCUACAAAAACAGCUAGAAAGUCUGGAAAUUGACUGUGCUAAGCAACUAUCCCAAAAUCAAGAAACAGUUAAAUCUUUGGAAAACCAGUUGGAAGAAGCUGAAGAAAAAAAUGCUGCAUUAAAAUUAUCUUUGGCAGAUUAUGAAAAAUUGUUGAAACAAAAAGACUCUGAAUGGGAAGAAAAGGAAGCUCACCACACAGCCCGAAUAGGUGUUCUUACAGAAAAUAUUCGAACUUUGAAAGAAGAUUUGACCUCAGAACAAAAGAGAAGAGAAAGCUUGGAACAAAAAUUAGAUGAAAUUUCAGGAACAAAAUUAGAAUUGGAAGCAAAGCUUGAAAAUGCCCUUGAAGAAAGAAAUAGCUUACUUGAAAGGUGUCUAAAAAGUGAAACUGAAUGUGAAAGACUUCAGAAGACUACUGCUGAUUUGAGAAGGAAAUAUGAUGAUUGUGUGGCUGCUUUACAAGAAUUAGGCAGGGAAAACCAAACAUUACAAGUUGAGAACAUGAAGCAUACCACUCGUAAAUGGGCUGAUGAUGAGACUGUUACACAUUGUACUGCAUGUGGCAAGCAUUUUACUGUCACUAUUAGAAAACAUCAUUGCAGAAAUUGUGGUAAUAUCUUUUGUAAUGAAUGCUCUUCCAAAACUGCUACUGUGGCAGCCUCCAAAAAGCCUGUUCGGGUUUGUGAUAUUUGCUAUGAUGAAGUCACUAAAUAGUUUAUAUUUUCAUAUUUGAAAUUAUGAAGAACUUUUUCAUUCAACAGAUUCUGAACAGAAGAAAAUUAUUUGAAAACCCAAAUGCUUUUAAUAAAAUAUAUUUACUGCUCUCUGCUGUUUAAAAAAAAAAAGUGACAUUUGUGAUUGUAUGUGGAUUUAAAAAUAUUCUAGAGUUUUGUUUUGCCGCAAUUUUUACAUAUUAAUAUAAAUAUAUGUGCAGUAUUUUGUAAUAAGUUGUUAGUUUUGAACAAAAAAAAAAUCAAGCUUUCUUUUUUUUAAGCUUGCAAUUUUUUUAGUACAAGAUGGAUGAGUAUUUUUUUUUUAAUUUAUUGUUUGAAUAGUCUUUCAGAAAGGCAACUAGUUUUUUUUUAAUUAUCAUUAUUAUUUAAUGCCUUCUUUGUAUGUGUUAUAUCUGUUUGAGAUUGAUUUCAAAGAGGAUAACUGGCUUUUAUUGAUUGGGGAAAAAAUCCCUUUUAAGUUAAAUAUUAAUUUUUAUGCAAUAUUUUUAAAAUCAAAAUUUUGCUUGUGAUUAACAAAUGUUUUUCCUCUUUAUAUUAUUUUACAUUAAAAAGUCAUUGCAUAAAAGUUUUCAUCGUUUUUUAUAAUUGUACAUCAAAAUAUCAAACAUUAUAAUUAUUAUACCAUUUUUAUAUCAUAAUUUGGUACUAAAAAAAGGAUAUUUAAAAUAAAAAAUAAUAAUAAAUUUUAUCAUCAUAUAAACUAGGGUAACUGUUUCUAAUUUCUUUUAGUUAUCUAAGACUUUUGUGACAGAAACAUGAAUCUUAGUUCUCUCCAUUCAAAAAAAUUAUAUAUUUUAUAUAGGGAAGGUGAAGAAAUGUUAAAUCAUUAAGAUCUUUUUUAUAUUUUAUUAUUCUUAAGAGUAAUAAUAAAUGUGUUUUAUAUACAUAUAAUUUUAUGAAAAUGUCUCUAAUUUCAAAUAAAAAUGAACUAAGCUUACAUUCCAGAAUAUUUGAGUAAAUCAUGUAUAUUUUUAAAAAAUAAAAUUAUUGUGUUAAACUAUAAUCAGUUACACAUUUUUUGAAAGUAUUACAUUUGAGAAGAUUUAAGAAUAAUUCUAAAUUCUGAUUUUUAUGCUUUUUGUUCUUUAUUAUUAGUAUGAAAAAUGGAAUUGAAAUGUAUGUGUGUAUAAAACAUGGAAGAAAUUGAUGUUUUUUUUUUUUUUUUUUUCAAUAUACUUUUAAAUAAAGUAUUGGGUGUAAAAAAGAAAUUUACUAUUUAUUUUUAAAAAGGUUAAUUGGGGAAAAAAACUGUUUAGGGAUAUAAAAAUGGAAUUUUUAAUUUUGCUGAAAACUUUUUUAUUUAUCACUUUUCUUUCUUGAUUCAUAUUUAACUAAGACAUAUAUCCUUUAUCAUUAUAUAUUAAUAAAGUAAAAAGAAAUUUGGGGAAAUAAUUUUUUUUUUCAUUGUACAUUUCUAAAACUUGAAGCAGUUUAAAUAUUCUUUGUUGCAUUCCUCUAGUCAGGUAGCUAGAUAUGAUAAAAAAAAUUAUCUAAAUAUAUUUUAUUAAAUGAGUUAAAAUAUAUUAUGUCCUCAAUGUUUUCCCUCUAUUCUAAACGUGGUAUAGUUUUUAAUUAGAUUUUAAUAUUCUUUACUUGUUUAUUGAUUGAUAUUUUUUAUUUUAAAAGUAAAGUUUCUUAUAUCGUUGAUCGUGUGAUGAAUAGUUAUAAUGUAUUUUAUUAAAUCUUUCUUUCUGCUAUUUCCUGUUUUUCUAUUUAACAUAGAUAGUUAAAUGGCAAUUUUUAUUAUGUUUUCUUCUAUUUCAAUAUGAUUUUGCAUAAUUAUAUUACAUAAGUAUUAAAUUAAAACUAAGGAUAAAAGAAAAGAUGUCCAAGGCAAAAUUUUCUCACACAUAUGAAAUAAGAAAUUAUAUUAAUGUGCCAUAACCCUCAUUGCCAUUUCAAUCAUUUUUAUAGAAAAACAUCUUUACAUAUUUUUAUUUUUAGCAUGAAAAUUUUUUGUAUGUCGGUAGUUCUUCAGUAUUUUAAUGGGUAUAUUGUUCAUUGACUCUGAUUUUUGUAUUUCAUGUAUAUGAACCAAAAAUAUUGAAAUUUAUCCAACAUUAAUUACUAUUUACUGUUAUAAAACCUAUAUAUGUCAGACCUUAAUUCCUCAUAGAUGUUAUUCAGACAUAGCAUGUUUUGUAGCUGUAACAUCAUGCUCCUAUAGAUCUGAUUAAAAUAACAUAUACUUAAAAACUUCACUCAUUGUGUGAAUAAAAUUCGAUAGUUUUCUGAAAUUUUCUAGGUUUUCUUUGUCACUUUUUGAGCAAAAUCCAGGAUUUAAUUGUAUAUUUGGUGCUUUUUUGUGACUUUUGUAUUUUGAAAGUCUACCACUGUAAAUGUUAUGUUUUUCAAUUUUUAUAUGAAGAGAAAUAUAUGUCAUGUGUCAUGAUUUAUUUUAGUUUAUUUUUCUCUAUGUUUAAUCAUGACUUCUUCACCUUUUGGAUAUGUAAAUAAAAACGUUUAAUUAUUUA